GUUGCGCUCACCUUGGUACGAGGCUCCACUUGCAAUUCGUUUCGUUCUACUUCCAUGCAGAAGCUUCGAUACCUUGUAUCCCAUGCUUUGUUAUCUUUGGAUGCUUUUAUCACGCCGUCUGUCCGCGCAACGAAAUUUUGUCUUCGCUAGAAUAUGAAUGGUUGUUGCAAUGGCGGACGCAAUUUGGACUUGAAGAACUGAUCUUGAGCGCACUCGUCCACGUAGACUACGUGAGCACAGAGUAAGAAAGGCGUUACUAUCAGACAGAGAUACCGAAAAGUGCCAUUGUUGGUUGCGGCGGUAGCGAUCCCGUAGAGAUUCAAGAUGGACCCGCAAUCGCAGCAGUUCGCCCAGUCCCUCGUGGUCUGUGAGGUUUCCUGUAUGUAUUUGGACACCAACAUCGUCACCGUCAAGAAGGCUACAGCUACUCCACUUUGUGACGCGCUUCUCUCGACGCCCGCGACAUCUUCCUCUUCUCAGGCCAGUCCUGGGAAGUACGGGUCUUUGGCUUCUGUCGUCGACCCUCGCGGGCUGUACUACCGGCUGGGCGCUGUGGUGAACAAAACGCCGAGGGACGGCGUAAUCGCGGCACCGAGAAAGGUAAGGAAUCGAAAAGUUGAACUAAAUGCACAUAUAGCAUGAAUACUGCGACUGCAUCUUCAUUGUGCAUAUUCGUGACAGAAGCGCACAUUUGUGUUCAAAGGGAAUCAAAAGAAAAACGAGAUCCUGGUAAGAUAAUGAAAUACUGAACCCAAAAACACAGGUCGUCCCAUAUGACGUUGUCACUGUCGGUGGAGAGGCGCAGGGGCAAAAAAAAACCUACGGCGGCACCAAAUCCCCAUACUCAUCUUCGUAUCAACCAAGUAAAUCCGAGACAAUAGCAAUUUUGGUAGCCUCUUGUGGUCGAGGUCUUGUUUAAGUGCACUUGCAGUAGGAAUGCAUGCUGAAAUAUUUGAAAAAGGCAUGAAAAUUGUACCUCUCAGGCUGCUAUGAAGGUUUUGACCUAAAUCUCUGGCCACAAAAGACCCCCUAUUCUCUCAUAGGCUUUUCCCGUGCAUACUUCAAAGUCCGGCGGGCGCAAGCACUUCGUCAUUUUGCCGGUUGACUUCGAGGGAAAGAGCAAUUGCAGCGUUGCAAAAAAACCCGUUGUUGCUUUUCCACCGCCCUCCGACGCCACCUCCGCAGAGGUCUUUCUCAACGUCAGUACCAAUAUCGACGCGUUCCGCCUGAACGACUACGUGAUUCGGCAGAAGCAGCUGUGCCAGGUGAAAACCAUUGACCGGAAGGAGGACCCGUUUUCCUUGGAACUCCUCGUUCUGCCGGAUAAGCACACGACUAGCAGUACGAUGUCGGAGAACGUUUCUUCAACAGCUCCGUCGGACCCGACAAGUGGAGUCCGGCACGUGAACUGCGAGUUGUACCACGUGGCGAAGAUUCCGCACCACGACGGGGAAAAUUUGAAGCGCAAGUUCGCGGAGGGAAUUGUGCGCAACGAGAAUCUGUCGUACGAACCGAAACUGUUGCCGAUCCAGGAAAACACCAAGUACAACCUAGCCGGGACGACAAGUAGUUCAUCAAGGAACUAUAAUCCCCACAACGCGUUCACCUCCAGUUCGCACCAACGCGGCGUCACCAUGCCGGGAGACCAGAACUUUCACUUCGGCCGGACCAACUUCAGCAGCGGGCAUGGUGGUAGUUAUCGGUCGCAGAAUGGAGGUGCUCUUGGUCCUGCUUCGCAGCAGCAGUACAACGGGAGUUUCAAUCAUUCUGGUCGCGCAGGAGCGGGCUCUAGCAACUACGUUCGCGGCUACAAUACCAUGUACGGAGGCCAGCAGCAAAACCGUUCCUUCGGCGGCGUCAGCUUUGGGCGUGGCAACGGCUCGUACGACAACGGCUUCAAUCGGUCCAGCUCGCGCCUGAAUGUCGGCCCGUCGGAUCGUCCCUCGUACCUGGCCGGCAGAAAUUCCUCGCAGGGGGAAGUGGGAAAUGGUGCGAGUGGUCAGCAUCUUCGAAGUGGGGGCUCGCAGCUAGCAAACCCAUUGGAUCGUUUGCGGGGCCACAGCAAACAGCAGGAGAGUAGUAGCUACUUUGCGAUCCGAUCGUAUGGUGGACCUGGGUCGGGUUACACGAAAAAUUCGCUCGGCGGCGCGGGAAAGGACCGGCCGUCUGGAAAUCAACACUUGCUGCAACCGCAGGUAUUGAUAUGGUGAUGUAUUCAGAGGCAAUUAGAUCGUGAGCAGUUAUUACGUCAAAGGUCGUUGCAAAUUGAGCCUAUGUGUGCAAUUCCCGCAGACUUAAUUCCAUGCUUCGUCGCAGCAAACAAUCGCAUGAAAUGAAACAAAACCUUCUCGAAAAACAGCCCUACCACUACCAAAAAGCCGCGCACAACCAGCCGAGUGGACAGCAAUUAGCACCAGACCCGCAAUUCACCCAAAAGUCUUCUUCCUCCUCCAACUUUUACCCGCAAGACAAGACCAAUCCAAACGCCCAGUAUCAGCCACCUCCGAGGCGGUUUUAUUCCGAAAACAACGACCCGGAUUACCAAAACAGGGACCAGAACACGACCUAUAAUUCCGACGAAGACAAGGAGAAUAAGUCGCAGAUCAAGCACUUGUUGCAGGAAAAAGCGAUGGAGGGUCUGCUGCAGGCGAAGACCCUGACGACAAAAGCUGCCGGCGUCGGGGUAGAAAAUCUCAUCUAUGGGGCCGAGCAGGUCAAGCAAGCGGUCACGGUGGGCGCGCCGCUGGUCAAAUCCGCCGUCAAAUCGGGAUCGGAGCAAACGGCGAUGGUUUUGGGAGAGCUGGUGAAAGCGGGAACAGAUUUUGUUGCGAAUCAGUUCGCAGAACAAGAGAAGGUCAAGAAUAGUCCAGGUAUGGGUGUAGGUGUUUGGAAAUAUGCGAUGGAACGGAGGAAAACUUCGCUUGUUUUUUUGUCAUCACGCGUGAACAGGCAGGCUGCACUGUCUUUUAAUGAACACCAGAUCUACGCUUCUUGAAAUAUCCAAACAGAUGUCUUCUCCGAGCUCAGCGACAAGUCUCAUUUUCCGCCUUUGACCGCGUUUCACUCCCUCGAGGGUUCACCCUGCGCGAGCGACCGAAAUCGCCGCGAUUCUUUUCUCUCCGCCUACGAGUCGCUCGGUGGCUUGGAAUCGAACGGCGACCGGGGGAGCAAGUACGCUAGAAGUUCUCAGGCAAGCAAGAAGAUUUCCCUGGUUCCGGGGAAUUUAUUAGGACCAACGGCCGCGAGUGCAGAUGCGGCUCGAAUGCAGUCGAGUAGUUCAUCUUCAUCUUCCGGCCAAAACAUUGAUCUUCCCACAGCAGAAACAACAUUGGCGGCAGAUAAAGACCCGAAUGACGAACUCAUGGAUGUAGACACUGAUGCGGCGAAGGAAAAACAAGAAGGGGAAUCAAACGCGGAGAGGACGCAAAUACCGAGUACGGCAUUUCCGCCUCCUGGUCCCACCGCAGCACAUCCUCUAGUAUCGCCACCGGACGCAGGAGAAAGGGACAAAACCACGCAGGUCGAAGAUGUUUUCGACAUCCCAGGCACACCACUCGAAGACGCGCCGAUGGUUCGCUUUGAGGAGCGGCAAGUCCUCCAGAAAGCGGCGCAGGGCGUACUAUCGAGUACCGAGGAAGCGGGAGCUGGAGUUGCCGAAACUGGGAGUAUUGUCGCUGGAGCGAGUGUAGCUGCGGCAGAACUAGCGGACGCUGCGAACAACAGCGAAGGAGUUGUUAGGCAAAAAGUACAUAAAAAAAAUACAACCGCACUGGAGGAACAAGUUGGUCCGACCGCGAAGCCAGCGCUGCAGCAAGACCAGCUCGUCAUACUGGAGCCGGCACCUGGUGCGACUGUGAAAGACGUUUCUCUAGUACACCCGCCUGUAGUGUCCAGCGGCGGAAAAGAAGAAACAAAGGAAGAAAAAAUCGUCGGUGACGUAGAGAUGCAGGUCGCAGAUGUUGAGGUGGAAGAGGACCGUCCUGUAGGAGAAGACGUGCAGGAAGCAGAGGAUGAUCCGGACGCGAUGGACGUGGAGGACUUUUCACAGGAGAAACAAGCACCUUCACAAGAAUCUGCAAAAGAAAGAAAAGUAGGAUCCAAGGGAAUUAAUGAUCAGGUGGAAAACAAGGUAGCUGCGGCACAUCAACUCCUUCCAGCAUCGUCCGGCACGGCAGUCGAUGCUCCCCUACUACAACCACCUGCCGCUGUCCAGCCGGAGCAGAGCAUCCCGACCUUGGAAAAGAACAACAAGAGAGACGCGAUGGAGCAGUGUGGCGCGAAGAUGGAAGGUAUGGAUUGUAAAAAUGUCUGGGUCUGGAAGAUUGCAACUUGUCAUGCUGUUUUUGCGACUCUACAUCAGUUUGUAUUGCAUGACCAGCAAGAGGGGUGCGGUUUUUGCUACACGGACGGGGCAUUUCUCAUGCGGAAGGUACAUCAGGAAGCCCUCUAAAAGUCUGCGAUGCUAGGCCAAGCAUUACGGGCAUCAUGGGUCAUGAGAAAUAUGCAUGACAAAUCUUGCAUUCUUCCAGACCCAGACACUUUUGCAUUUGAUAGAAGGCGCGAAGAACUUGAAAAGGGCGAAAACUGGAGCUGGUGGGACGACGGUAUCGAUGAAGAAAAGCGGAACCACGAAGAGUAGUGCUAGUUCGAAGAAGGCCACUGUGACGGAAGAAGAACCGGCGCAAGGAGAUCUGGACUAUACUAGCGGGAUUUCCCUCGACCAGCAAGACAACAUCGAGCCGGACCAAGGUCCGACCAAGCCUGCGCCAAAGAUGAAAGUAGCUCCUGCGAUGAAAAAAGCCACUUCUUCUGCGGGGGGUGGUAAAUCAAAGACCGGGACGAAAGGCGCCGUCAAAGUAGAGGAUUUUGAGCAGGAACUGAUAGAGGAAAAUAAAGAGCCGCAAGGAGCAACGACCGCCAUGAAAUCCUCGUCCUCCAAAGCCAUGAAACAGACUGCAGAAACACCAGCUGCGAACAACAAGUCCAGCGGGGCUUCUUCUUCUACGACUUCGAUGAAGCAGGAAGGAGCAGGAAAAGCAAUGAAGGCUUCUGCUGCCGCGAUGAAACAACAACCAGCCGCCAAAUCGUCGGGAGCAAAGAAAGAAAAUGGUGGCAGUAGUAGUUCUGCGAAUGGUGCACAAUCUUCAUUUAUCAAAUGCAAAUAUGGCUGGGUCUGGAAAUUUGUGAUGCUGUUUGGCGAAUCAUGUGGACGCCUUCAUUGACAGCCAAGCAUGAGAAGUUUUGGAGUUGCUAUAGUCUUGUCUAUCUGCAUGACAAACUGCGUUUCUGCAUGACAGAGAAGUGUGGCUUUUGGGUGGCGUGCAUGACAGACUUGAGAGCCAUGCCCGACUAGCAUGACAAACCUCGCAAUCUCCCAGACCCAGACAUAUUUGCAGUUGAUAUCAUCGUCGUCCAUUGUGGCUGCAAUGAAGAAAACCGCCACGACUGCAGCUGCAUCGUCUUCUUCCUCGACAGCUGCGAAAAUGAAUACCAAAGCUGCAGCAGGCUCAAAGCCGUCGGACUCGAAGAAGUCGUCUGCGAAGAAAACCGGCACGCAACCUUCCGCGAAGAAGUCCGCUAUGAAGGCAGCCCCAGCCCCUGCGAAAGCAGCGAUGAAGUCGGCAAAAAGUACAACUACUGCCGCGACGCCGAAAGUAGCGAAAGCCAAGCCUAAAGCGAAAGUGGCGGCUGCGAAAGCGAAAGCGGGCGCAAAGGGCGGGAAAGGCAACACGGCAGGAACGGGGGGAAAGGCAGCGGCGAUGAAAACCGCGAUGAAAGGCAAAGCAGCUGCGCAACCGAUGAAGAAGACACCCGUCAUGAAAUCGCUCGGGAAGAAGAAAAAGUAGCUGGCUUGGUGUUCUCUGCCACUCGUCCCACCGGGCAGCAGUUCGCCUUCCUUUCCGCGAAAAACGAAAAAAUUUUGCUGUGAAUAUUUUUUUCAAAAAAAAAAAACGUCGGAUAUUAGAGUGGUGACGCUUCAUCUUACCGUGACUCCGACGUACGAGGAAACAGCGUUCGCUGUGUAUCACCCCAACACGUAAUGGAAAUAAGUAUUAAUGAGUAGCAGCUUAGAACUACGGAAGCGAUAUUUGAUUACAACAAGCUCAAUCACACUUACACGAAAAGUUAAUGCAAGUCGCAAACUGCAAGUUUAUCUCACACACAAAUUGUCCUGUACCCCCGAAACCCGGGACUUCUGGUGGAGGCGCUUCCUAGCUUUACAUUAGCCUGCGUUUUAUCCUCCGGAGAUUGUAAAAACUGCAAAAUCAGUUAUGAAUGUAGCGAAAUUGUUAGCGUAGCCGCGUCAGUUGUAGAACAAGCAAAUUCUAAGUAUCACAGAAAAAGAAACACUUUUUGCCGGCGGAAGAUAUGUAUUCGGUUGGUCGAAAGAGGCUAGAGAGUCGCUCUCAAAAAGAAUUCUAACACCAACUGCCUGCGCGUGUCCCGCCGCAGGAGUAGUGCCGACUCAUUCCACCUGAGGACGCUUUUUUGUGUUCCUCCCAUAGUCCUGCCAUUCCAUCUUUGUGCGCACAUUGUUCUUCGAGCGAAGCGACAUUUCUUGCAAACUCUUUCUUUUCCGUAUCUGAUGUGAGUAUGGCGCCAGAGACGCAAAAUUGCUUUGACAAUUAUGUACUAUGAAGUAGUGCGACAAAAA